AUGUCAGUUAGAACCGCAGUAACUACAAAGAGAAUCUUAUCUACAAGCACUACAUUAAAGUCGCAACAACCCCGUCACUUGGUCAAUAUUUCACAAUUGUCAAACGAUGAAUUCUCAUCACUUAUUGCCAAAGCUCACCAUUUGAAACAAGUGUACAAAUCAGGCCAAGCUUCCUCCAUUGCCGAAAAUCACACCAAGUUAUUGGGUAAAUUAGUGGCAUUACUAUUCUCGAAAAGAUCAACGAGGACAAGAAUCAGCACUGAAGGAGCUGCAGCAUUUUUCGGGGCACAACCGAUGUUUUUGGGCAAAGAUGAUAUUCAAUUGGGAGUCAAUGAGUCAAUGUAUGAUACUACAAAAGUCAUUAGUUCCAUGACAUCGUGUAUUUUCGCUAGAGUCAAUAAACAUAGCGACAUUGUUGGCUUGUGUAAAGAUUCGAGUGUGCCUAUUAUAAAUUCGCUUUGCGAUAAAUAUCAUCCGUUACAGGCCAUUGCUGAUUUGUUGACGAUUAAGGAGACUUUUGGGGAGACUAGAGGGUUGAAAUUGGCAUGGGUUGGAGAUGCAAACAAUGUGAUUAAUGAUUUAGCCAUUGCCAGUUUGAAAAUGGGGAUCCAUGUAUCUAUAUCGAUCCCGGAAUCAAUUUCAUUUGAUAAAGAUGUGGAACAAGAUGCUAAACACUUGGCAGCACAACAAGGGGUCAAGUUUGAAAUUGUCAAUCAGCCGGCACAAGCGUUAAAGGAAGCUAAUAUCGUAGUCACUGACACUUGGAUAUCGAUGGGUGAAGAGCUGCAGAAAUUGGCCAAAUUGAAACAGUUUGCCGGAUAUCAAAUUGAUGCCAAUUUGAUUAAACUGAGUCAAGUAGCAUCCAAUUGGAUCUUCAUGCAUUGUUUGCCCAGACACCAAGAAGAAGUUGCAGACGAUGUGUUUUAUAGUGAAAACUCGGUUGUUUUUGAAGAGGCAGAGAAUCGAUUGUAUGCUGCCAUGGCUGUCAUUGAUGCUUUUGUGGUGAAUAAAGGCGAUUUGUUAAAAUAA